AUGAACUCGAUCAGCUACCUCGACUCGGUGCUCAGCCGCUCGUUUGCGCCAGCAUCGGAUCGACCGCCAUCGCGCCCUUCGUCGUCUAGCAAGCGCUCUCGUUCGCAUUCGUCGCUGCCGGCAAGUCGUAGAGCCUCGAGCACGUCACCCUCCACACCCGCUGGAUCGUCGUCGCCGCUGCGCAGAUGGUCGCAAGAGCAAGACGAGCCUUCAGGAGCCUUGCAUGGCUCCACUUCCUUGCGCCGCACCGGCAGCAUCCCGGGCAGCCUAUAUCCCUCACAUGCACUUGACACGGAUGACAGCGAUUCCGAUUCGCAGCAGACGCGCAGAGCCAGGUGGAGCGGUCUCUGGGGGCUUACGGGCUGGCUUGAUGAAGCCAUUCUUCCUGGCUCUCGCCACCACUCGCGCAAGAACAGCGAUUCUGAGCUUUCCUAUCGACGCACCAGACAUGUACCCAGUCUAGACGACCUUUUGCUGUCGUCCACCGCGCCUCGACGUGUUUCAGAGCGACGAACCGCGUCCUCCGGAUUGUCCGGCCAUCCCUCCACACGGAAUGGCCGAGAUGGAUCUUCCAGCAGUACCGAUGAAUCGCAGUCACAACUCAGGCGCAAAUCCAAACGUCACUCUCGUCUCGGCUCUUCCACUUCGCACGAUGGCCAGCAGCUCACCGCGUGGCCCACUCAGCACGAUAGCAUGCACGCGCACCAGGACCCGGAACUCAUGUCGGAAAAGGAACGUGAAGACAUCGUCGAGUUUGACGGUGGCGACUUUGCGCCCGAAGACAUGGAUGCGGCGGUUCCGCGAGAGAGGACCGUGUCGCAAAGCAGUGCCGACAGCAGUUGGGGUGAGGGCUCGUCGGUUUCUCACGAGGCUGCGAGUACUUUGGCCACCGCUCCGGAUUCUGCGUCCAUGUUGGUGGAUGAGGAGGAGGACGACAACAACGACAAGGUGACGGCCCGACAUACGACCACCUUGCAGGAUGAGGCUGACGAGAAGAGCGUCGACUCUGAGACUUUGCUCGAAGCAGCAAAGGGCAAACCUGAUGCCAUCGGGGCUGUUGCGCGGGAAGAUCCCAUGUCCUCGGUUGUGGACCCGGCUGCUGCAUCCCAAACACCGAAAAGGGAGCCAGCGUCUCCCUCAGACACCUCAACUGAUGCCGUCGCGGAUGAUACGCCUACAAACACGCGCAAGAGGCAAUCCGAUUCUUCCGCCUCUGCCACCGCCACACCCACUGCUUCGAGGAGAGCAUCAUUACGUCGAAAACACGCUCAUCCUUUAGGAACGGACAAUCUGGCUUCAUCCUCCAACUCCUCGCCCGCUACUACCGACUCGGAACAGGCAGUAGAUCGUAGCCUUACCCCUUCCAAGCACAGCAGGAUACGUCGCUCGGCUCGGUCAUCUGUCAACUCGUCUGCAAGAGCAUCUGAGGCCGAAGACUUUCGUGGUGGGCGGCCGGUACCACGCUACGGCAAUGUCGGUCACGGUAUGGACGGCGCGACGUCUGCCAGACAUGGUGCUGUGGCUUCAAGGAGGAAGAUCUCGUCGACUAGGAGGGCGAUUCGUAGAACUCUGGCUGUGCUGCGAGAUCUGCUACUAGCGGUGCUGCUGUGUCCGGUCAACUGUGUUCGCUACUUGUACAGGCACCGCGCUAUCCGGGUCGAGGAAGCGGUGUACGACCGAGCGCAGGCGCCUAUCCUCGAGAAGAACGCUACAGCUUACGAUGAUGUUUAUGACGCCGCAUCAAAUUGCUCGAGACGCCCCCCAUCGCUGCGGUUUGCGAGCAAGACCGAGCUCAAGCAGCGCGAUGGCGACAAACGCAGCAGCGCGACUGCGAGUCGGCCACGUACGCCCAAGCCAGACGAGAAGGAUGCGGACAGCAGCGGCCCCGAAGGGUUCUUCAACCAAGAACCCGUAACCGAGGACCAAGCCGCCGCGUUGGGCAAUAUGUGGCAAGCUCUGGCCUCCGGACAGAGGAUACCUUCGAGGCUAUUGCCGAAUCCGCAGAUGGUGGAUCCAUUGUUGGCGCAUAACAGCAAGGCCGAGCCGAUCGAUGUGGCUAUGGCCGAGAAGGAGGCGAUGAUGGAAGCGGAGCGGCAGUCGAGGAUUGCCAAAAGUAGGGCGGCGAGGAGAGCCGCUGCCCUCGCUGCUGGCGGCGGGAGCGAUGGAUCCGAUUCCCGCUCUUCUCCUCCAGCAGCGGCAACAACUGCGGCGCUGGUGCCGACGAAAGUCCCGCGUGGGCCGACGAGCUCCAUCAUCCACCACUCGCCCAAGAUCCUCGUACUGGAUCUGGACGAGACGCUCAUCCACUCGACAUCGCGCUCUCCCUCGCACUACGCUUCUGCUGGCGGGCGCACCACCACCUCUGGGUUUUUGGGGCUAGAAACAGCCGGAGCGUUCUUAGGACUGCGAGCGAACGACAAUCCGCGUCGGAUUCGUCCGCACAUGGUCGAGGUCGUUCUCGAUGGACGCUCUGUGCUGUACCAUGUGUACAAACGGCCGUGGACGGACUACUUCUUGCGCAAAGUCGCCUCGUGGUACACGGUGGUUGUCUUCACUGCGUCCGUUCAGGAAUAUGCGGAUCCCGUGAUUGAUUGGUUGGACCAGGGACGCGGGUUGAUCAGCGCACGGCUCUUCAGGGAGAGCUGCAGCUUCAAGGCAGGCAGCUACGUCAAGAAUUUGGCGGUGGUUGAUGAGGACCUGAGCAAGGUUUGUCUGGUCGAUAACAGUCCUGCGAGCUACAGAGUGAAUCGGGCGAAUGGCAUUCCGAUCGAAGGGUGGACGCACGACCCGAACGAUGAGGCGCUGUUGGACCUGCUGCCCGUUUUGGAUAGUUUGCGCUUUGCGACGGAUGUAAGGCAUAUUUUGGGGAUCAGGGGGUGGUGA